UUUACUUUGCAGUUGUUGCUGCUUUCCCCGCAACUCACCUUUCCUCAGGUCACUGAAUCUGGACGUUAAUAAAGCAGCACAGCCACGCCACGCACCGCACCACACCACACCACACCACACCACACCACACAGCGCACCAAUUUUCCAUUUUAAAACCCAACGCGGAAAGGAAACAACCAUACACCACCACCACGUUCUCCCUGCAUCUCAACGGUGCGUUCCUUUAACACCUUCACGCAAUAUAUUAUCACCAACCUUUUUUCCUUUCUUAUUUUUUUUUUUUCUUUCGUUCUUUUAAGAUUCCUUAGUCUAGGGAAUUCUUCUGCUCCUUAGUUCUUACUGCCGCACUCUCUAAUUAGGGAUCGCGGAUCCACGCUCGGGAUUCCGUUUGAGAUAAAGCUGUACGAUUCUGAAACUAGUGAUUCACUUAUUGCAUGAAGGCAGAGCUCUGAGAAAUUAAGUCUUUGUAUUGGAAGCUCUAGUUCAACAUGUCUUCUAUAAGCAAGGGUGAUCGGAAGGCUUCUCUUGAUGCAGCAUCAUGGUUGUUCAAUGUGGUCACCUCUGUGGGAAUAAUCCUCGUGAAUAAGGCCCUGAUGGCUACAUAUGGUUUUAGUUUUGCUACUACUUUAACUGGUCUGCAUUUUGCCACGACAACUUUGUUGACACUCAUUCUUAAAUCGCUGGGAUAUAUCCAGACCUCUCAUCUUCCAUUAUCUGAUAUAAUCAAAUUUGUCUUAUUUGCAAAUUUCUCCAUCGUUGGGAUGAAUGUGAGUUUAAUGUGGAAUUCUGUUGGUUUUUAUCAGAUUGCUAAGCUGAGCAUGAUUCCAGUAUCCUGUUUUCUGGAGGUUGUCUUGGACAAUGUACGAUAUUCAAGGGACACAAAGCUUAGUAUUGUUUUGGUUUUGCUUGGUGUUGCUGUCUGUACAGUCACCGAUGUCAGUGUUAAUGCAAAAGGUUUUAUUGCUGCUUUGAUAGCAGUUUGGAGCACAGCCCUGCAACAGUAUUAUGUGCAUUAUCUUCAGAGGAAGUAUUCUAUUGGAUCAUUUAACUUGUUGGGCCACACAGCACCAGCACAGGCAGGAAGUUUACUGCUAGUAGGCCCCUUUCUUGACUAUUGGUUGACAGGCAAACGAGUUGAUGCUUACGGAUAUGGCUUGACAUCCACUUUGUUCAUCAUUCUGUCUUGCACCAUUGCAGUAGGGACAAACCUCAGUCAGUUCAUCUGCAUCGGUAGGUUCACGGCUGUAUCAUUCCAAGUCCUUGGUCACAUGAAGACUAUUUUGGUCCUAAUCCUGGGAUUCAUUUUCUUUGGAAAAGAGGGUCUUAAUCUACAUGUUGUUCUGGGUAUGAUCGUUGCAAUAGCAGGUAUGGUCUGGUAUGGCAAUGCUUCUUCUAAGCCAGGGGGGAAAGAGCGUCGUAGCUUUUCCCUUCCCAAAACACAAGAUUAUAGUUCACUACCUGUGUCCUCUGAACCAGACACGAAGGCAUAGAAAAUAAUAGAAAUUCACUAGAGAGAAAGUGCUGCAACUUUUGGUUAACUGUGUGGAAAAUCAGGUGUCCAGCGAACUGGAUUAAUUUUCACUAUACCUGGAGUGAAUUCCCAAUUAUUUAUAGAUCAUAGUCAUAUCUUUUCUUGUGUUAAUGAAUUGUUUGGGAGGGAAAUGGGGGGAAACAGCGUUGUUAGAAGAGGAAAAAAAUCUAUGCUAUGUUUCAUUUUUUUAAUUACAGAUAAUGUUACUGUCACUUUUAUAGUAAAGUUUAAUUCCAUUUUUUCCAUUUGGAACGGUUCUGUUGUUAA